AUGUAUCUAAUCUCUCAAUGGGUCGAUAACACCCUGGAAGCCACCGGCAUGGAUGCCGUGGACGCUCUACGCGCGUUCUUCCUGCUGGCCGCCGCCACGACCAUCUCGAUCAGCAUCCCAACCUCAUUACGGUCCCGCUUCCUCACCUAUGGCCCACGCGCGACCUCGGCCACCAGCUCUGCACCACCUCGCGCCCAGAACCCCUCCACCGAGAGCAAGGGCUUCCUUGACUAUCUCGCUACUUGGCAGGUGCCACAUAGCUAUUUCACGCAUUUCUAUGUUGCAUCUGUCCUGUCGUCGGUCUUCUGGGUUGCCCAAUUGCUAUCGCGGGGUGUGGUGUUCCAAGCCAUCGCAUCCCGCGUUAGUGAGGACCAUCAACGGCAUUCCAUGUCCCUGACUCAGUUGGUGAUUUGCUGUGUGCUAUUGGCUGUACAGGGAUCCCGGCGUCUAUGGGAGUGCCAUGUCUUUUCAAAGCCUUCGUCAUCGCAGAUGUGGUUUAUGCACUGGCUGUUGGGCUUGGGUUUCUACCUAGCGGCAGGAGUUGCCAUUUGGAUCGAGGGUUCCGGUACUCUGUUGACCAAAAAUCUGACCAUUGCCCAUCUGCAGAUGACCAACGCCCCAAGUUUGCGCACUUUCUUCCUCGUCCCGCUCUUCCUGGUGGCGUCUGGUCUGCAGCACGACUCCCAUCACUACCUGUACUCGUUGAAAAAAUACACCCUCCCGGAGCAUCCCAUGUUCCGCGGUGUUGUAUGUCCCCACUACGGCGCAGAAUGCGUGGUCUACUUAUCGCUGGCGCUGUUGGCUGCGCCGCGAGGUGAAUGGGUCAAUAAAACUAUGUUGUCUUGUCUGGCUUUCGUCGCGGUCAACCUGGGUCUGACAGCUCGGAAUACCAAGCAGUGGUAUACGCAAAAGUUCGGCAAAGACUCAGUGCAGGACUGGUGGUUUAUGAUUCCCUAUGUCUACUAA